UCUUCCACCUCCCUCAGAUCUCCGCGCCUCCCCCAAUGACGUGACCACCAGCACGACGGCGACGACCAUCGCGUAGCCCGCUCAGCAUGGCGACCCCCACGGCGCCAUUAGGCGGCGCGUCCCCGACGGGCCGCGUCCUGGGCCCGGCGCUGGACCGGAUCAUCAAAAACGCCGCGUGGCGGAAGCACUCGGCGCUCGUGGCAGCGGCGAAGGCCGCGCUCGACCUCCUCUCCUCAUCGCCGGCCUACCCGUCGCCGGACCCUACCUCGCCGAAAUCCUCGCCGCUGCUCGGCCUGCCCCCCGCCGCCGCCGACGCGGCCCUCCACGCGCUGCUGCUCGCGCUCGAGUCCGCUUCGCCCAAGGUCGCCGACCCCGCGCUCGAUUGCGUCGCCAAGCUCCUCUACCACCGCCUCCUCUUCGGCGACCUCGGUUGCGCCGGCGGCGGCGACGAUGCCUCUUCCCCCUCCUCCCGCCUCCUCAACGCCGUCCUCGCGUGUGGCGCUCUCUCCGAUGACGCAAUGGAGCUCGCCACCCUCCGCGUCGUUGUCGCUGCUGCGCGGUGCCCCACCGUCGCCAUCCGCGGGGAGGGCCUCGGCCAGGUCCUCAAGACCUGCUACAACAUAUACCUCAGCAGCAGCAGCGGCGCCAAUCAGCUCUGCGCGAAGCUUGCGCUCGCUCAGGUGCUGGUCAUUGUGUUUGCGCGCGUGGAGGUGGACACCAUGGACGUGCGCGUGCGGACGGUGUCGAUCACAGAUAUGAUGGAUGUGUCUGACCGCAGCCUGAACGACUCCAGCAUCGUGCAGGUGGCUCAGGGGUUUAUAAAUGAGGCUAUGGAGGGCAGUGAUGUCCCAGAGCCAGGGUCACCUGUGGAGCCAAUUGAAGUGGACGGAAAGGAGGAUGAUGGGAUGAGCAAGAUCAGGGAGGAUGGGCUAGCGCUCUUCAAGAACCUGUGCAAGUUGUCAAUGAAGUUCUCGACGCCAGAUAACCCUGAGGAUCAAAUGUUGCUGCGGGGCAAGGUGUUGUCUCUUGAGUUGCUGAAAAUGGUUGUUGACAAUGCCGGCCCUUUCUGGCGAACAAACGAAAAGUACCUUGGAGCAAUCAAGCAAUAUCUUUGUUUGUCCUUGUUGAAGAACAGUGCUUUGUCCGCAAUGAGUAUUUUUCAGCUGUUGUGCUCCAUAUUUGUGGGCUUGCUAUCAAGGUUUAGAUCUGGGCUGAAAGAGGAAAUUGGAAUAUUUUUUCCAAUGCUUGUCCUAAGGGUUCUUGAGAAUGUCCAUCAACCUAGCUUUCUGCAAAAAAUGACAGUUCUAAACUUGUUGGAGAAGAUCUGUAAAGAAUCUCAGGUUCUUAUCGAUAUCUUUGUGAACUACGAUUGCGAUGUAGAUGCACCAAAUAUUUUUGAAAGGGCUGUCAAUGGACUUCUGAAAACUGCUUUAGGUGUUCCUCCAGGAUCUACAACAACAUUAACAACAGCCCAAGACCAAACAUUUCGGAUUGAGUCAGUCAAGUGCCUUGCAACCAUAAUCAAAUCAAUGGGUUCAUGGAUGGAUCAACAGCUUAGAAUUGGUGAAUUUUCACCAAAAGUUUCUGAAGCUUCUUUAAGUUCAGUGAGUUCAAUGAGUUCAAUAGACAUUCCUAACAUCCUUAUUGGAGAAGAUGGGAGUGCAAUUGAUUAUGAACUGCAAUCUGACUCUGGUAGCCCAGACGUAUCUGGUGCUCCCUCCCUUGAGCAACGUCGUGCUUUUAAAAUAGAACUUCAGAAAGGAAUUUCCUUGUUUAACAGAAAACCUUCCAAGGGUAUUGAUUUUCUUAUUAAAAGCAAGAAGAUAGGGCAUUCACCAGAAGAUGUUGCUUCUUUCUUGAGAAAUACUGCUGGUUUAAAUGCGACAAUGAUUGGAGACUAUUUGGGCGAAAGAGAUGAAUUCCCUAUCAAAGUUAUGCAUGCAUAUGUUGAUGCACUGAACUUGGAAGGUAUGGACUUUGGUGAAGCCAUUCGGUAUUAUUUGCGAGGCUUCAGGUUGCCUGGGGAAGCACAGAAAAUUGAUAGGAUCAUGGAAAAGUUUGCUGAACGAUACUGCAAAUGCAAUCCAGACUCCUUUACCAGUGCAGAUACCGCAUAUGUUCUUGCAUAUUCUGUAAUCAUGCUCAACACUGAUGCUCACAAUAAUAUGGUCAAGGAUAAGAUGUCCAAGAUUGAUUUCAUACGCAAUAACCGAGGCAUAGAUGAUGGAAAGGACUUGCCUGAAGCUUAUCUGGGUACACUAUAUGACCAAAUUGUCAAAAAUGAGAUCAAAAUGAGUGCUGAUUCAUCAGUCCCACAAAACAAGCAAACUAGUACUGUGAUGAAGCUAUUAGGUUUGGACAAUAUUAUGAGCUUUGUUAACUGGAAACAGGUUGAGGAUAGGGCAGAUGGAGCAAAUGACUUGCUCAUCAAGAACAUACAAGAGAAAUUUAAAUUAAAGAGUGUAAAGUCAGAGUCUGUGUUUUCAGUUAUUACUGACACGACUAUUUUAAGAUUCAUGAUGGAGGUUUGUUGGGCCCCAAUGAUGGCCGCAUUCAGUGUGACACUUGACCAGAGUGAUGAUAAGGCUGCCACGUUGCAGUGUUUGCAGGGAUUCAGAUCUGCUGUGCAUGUAACCUCUGUUAUGUGCAUGCAGACACAGAGAGAUGCCUUUGUGACAUCUGUAGCCAAAUUCACAUAUCUCCAUUGUGCCGCUGACAUGAAACAAAAGAAUGUGGAUGCUGUGAAGGCUAUAAUAUCCAUUGCGAUCGAAGAUGGUGAUUAUUUGCAGGAAGCUUGGGAGCAUAUAUUAACAUGCCUUUCUCGGUUUGAGCAUUUACAUCUUCUUGGAGAGGGAGCACCUACUGAUGCUUCAUUUCUCACAGUACCACUGGUUGAUUCAGAAGAAAAAACACAAAAGUCUGCCUCUACGUUGUCAAAGAGAACUAAUGCACUUCAGAAUCCAGCUGUAAUGGCUGCUGUUAGAGGGGGUUCUUAUGAUAGCACAACAGCAAAAAACAAAGCAUCGCCAUUGGUUACUCCUGAACAGAUUAAUAAUUUCAUAUCAAACAUAAACCUGCUAGACCAGAUUGGCAUUUUUGAGCUAAAUCACAUAUUUGCUCAUAGCCCAAGACUAAAUAGUGAUGCUAUUGUUGCUUUUGUGAAAGCUCUUUGCAAAGUUUCAAUGACGGAGUUGCAGUCUCCUACAGACCCUCGUAUCUUCUGCCUAACAAAGAUUGUUGAGAUUGCGCAUUACAAUAUGAACCGCAUACGUUUGGUUUGGUCCCGUAUUUGGAAAGUUCUGUCAGACUUUUUUGUUUCUGUUGGGCUCUCAGAGAAUCUUUCAGUCGCAAUAUUUGUUAUGGACUCUUUGAGGCAGCUUGCCAUGAAGUUUCUGGAAAGAGAGGAACUGGCAAAUUAUAAUUUCCAGAAUGAAUUCCUGCAACCUUUUGCGGUUGUUAUGCAGAAGAGCAGUGCUUCAGAAGUACGCGAACUUGUAGUUCGAUGUGUCUCCCAAAUGGUUCUGAGUCGUGUCAACAAUAUAAAAUCUGGAUGGAAAAGUGUUUUUACGGUUUUUACUGCAGCUGCUGCUGAUGAUCGAAAAAGUAUUGUUCUGUUGGCAUUUGAAACUAUGGAAAAGAUUGUUAGGGACUAUUUCCCUUACAUUACUGAAACUGAAAGCACAACAUUUACUGAUUGUGUUAAAUGCCUCAUUACAUUCACAAGUAGUAAAUUUAGCAGUGAUGCCAGUCUCAAUGCUAUUGCAUUUCUUCGGUUCUGUGCUGUCAAACUUGCCGAGGAAGGAUUUAUUUGCCAUGACAAGGAUGCUGACCAGCAUCCAAAUAAUUUAGAUUCUUCAGAUGGGAACAUCACAGUGCAUAAGGAUGAUCAUGUUUACUUCUGGGUUCCUUUGCUUGCUGGUCUUGCUAGAUUGACAACUGACUCGAGACCAACUAUCAGAAAAGGUGCUGUGGAAGUGCUCUUUGACAUUUUGAAAGAUCAUGGGCACCUCUUUUCUCAGUCCUUCUGGGCUAAUAUCUUCGAAUCAGUUAUCUAUCCCCUAUUUAGUAGUGAAAGCUUUGCACCAAAUGGUCAGAUUUCAAGUGUAAAUAGUACUGAGGAUGAUUCUUGGAAUUUCGAAACUAAAAUGGUGGCUCUAAAAUGUUUAGCAGAUUUGUAUAUUACCUUUUUUGAAGUGAUGCGGCCAGAACUUUCUAGAGUUACUUCUGUUAUUACAAAUUUCAUCAGAAGCCCAUAUAAACAAUCAGCUAGCACAUGCAUAUCAGUUUUCCAGCGUUUAACAGAAGGACUUGCAUGCAAGCUCUCCAAUGAUGAGUGGGAGAAGAUUUUGCUGUGUUUCAAAGAAUCAGCAGCACAGACAUUUGUUGUGUUCGACAAAAUAGUUAAAAUGAUGAAAGACAUUGAAAUUCCAGAUAGAAAUGAAUCUUACUCUGAAGCUGAACAAUAUUCAGAUCAUGACGUAUACAAUGAUGAUGAAGAGGAAGCUAAUAUGGAAACAGCAUCUUAUGCUAUUGUCAGAAUGAAGAAUCAUAUGGCUUUGCAACUCUUAAUUGUUCAGGGCAUCGUUAAAUUGUAUGAGAUGCACAGGAGCUUUCUAUGCGCUGAGCAUAUAGGCAUAAUGUUGCAGAUGCUAUCUGCCAUUUCAUCUCAUGCAAGUGAAGUGAACUCUGAAUCUAAGUUGCACAUAAAACUACAUAAAGCAUGUUCCCUUUUGGAGGUAUCUGAGCCAGCGGUCAUCCAUUUCGAGAGCGAAUCCUACCAGAGCUAUCUGAAGCUUCUGCAAGCUAUUCUUCAUGACAACCCAUCUUUGUCAGCAGAUAUGAAUGUGAAUGUGGAGUCACAAAUUAUGCUUGUCUGUGACAAAAUAUUGCGAAUGUAUCUGACCUGUGCAGGACAUGAACCAUCUAAUGAUGCUUCUGGUAGAGAUCCAGCUUUACACAGGUUGCCUCUGGGUACUGCUAAAAAGGAGGAACUGGAGGCUAGAACUUCGUUGGUCCUUAAUGUAAUGCGGUUAUUGGGCAGUUUAGAGAAGAAUUGCUUUAGGAGGAACUUGCCCAUGUUUUUCCCCUUAUUAGCUAAUCUUAUCCGCUGCCAGCAUAGCUCUGGAGAAGUUCAAGUUGCACUGUAUGAAAUAUUCCAAUCAUCAAUAGGCCCCAUAAUAUCAGCAUAGUAUAUAUUAUUUCCUCACAAGUUGUACAAUUUUGUCAGUCCAUUUUCGUAAGGUAGCUCAUUUGAUAGUGGUUACAUCAGAAUAUGGUAUAAGAAAAGGGUACAGAUUUACAGUAUUGUAAAUGACUCAUUGUUGAGACCUAUCACCUGUCCUUCAGGAUUCUGGUGUUGAAGCUACAUGUAAUGUUGACCCAGAUGCCUGAAGAAGGAUUUUGAGGCGCAUUUGCCGGUCUUUUCUAACAUUCAUCAUGUCAAAGCAGCUGAACAUUGGAACAAGGCUCCCUAAUUUCUGUCCUGCAUCAACAGCUCUGAAAUUUUGCUUAAGAGGUGGUUUGCUUGCCACUGAGAGAUUUUGAGCAUACAGUUUUGGUGUAGUUUUUCUCUUUCUGAUAAUUGCUCUGUACAGUGUCCUCUCCUGAACCGAGACUACAGUGAAGAGGGGCGUAUGUCAUGUUGCCUUUUCCCCUAAUCUGCUGAAUCUCUUGGAAUUACCACAACUGUAUCUACACUGUAGUUAAUAUAUACUUUCAUUCUCAACAGCAAUGGAUAUCCCAAAGCUGUCUGCUAA